GGGCGGGACGCACCCAGGUUGUUGCUGCUGCCGGGAGGCGGCUGGUGCGGGCGGCGGCUCCCGGAGGAGGGGGCGGUGGCGGGGGGCAGCGCGGCGGACCUGGCCCGGCCAUGGACGAGCAAGCGGGGCCCGGCGUUUUCUUCAGCAACAAUAACAACAAUAACGCCCUGCUUCUGCCGCCGCCGACGGGCGGGCCAGGGCUAGAGCCGGGUGAGGCGGCGGCGGCAGCGGCCGCCGCGGCAGCAGCGGGAGGCGGCGGCGGCGGGGUCUCAGCUUCCGGAGCCGCCGCGCCGGUGUCGGCGUCCCGGGCGCAGUACAGCGUCCCGGGCAUUCUGCAUUUCCUGCAGCACGAGUGGGGCCGCUUCGAGGCGGAGCGCGCCGAGUGGGAGGCGGAGCGGGCGGAGCUGCAGGCCCAGAUUGCCUUUCUUCAAGGUGAAAGGAAAGGACAAGAAAAUCUGAAGAAGGAUCUGGUGCGAAGAAUCAAAAUGCUGGAAUAUGCGCUUAAACAGGAAAGGGCUAAAUAUCACAAAUUGAAAUAUGGCACAGAAUUGAAUCAGGGAGAUAUGAAGCCACCAAACUAUGAUUCUGAUGAAGGGAAUGAAACAGAGAUUCAGCCACAACAGAACAGUCAGCUAAUAUGGAAACAAGGACGACAGCUGCUUAGACAGUAUCUACAAGAAGUGGGCUACACUGACACAAUAUUGGAUGUGAAGUCAAAACGAGUACGAGCUUUAUUGGGCCUCUCAAGUGAUGCUUCAGAGAAGGAGAAUAGAAAUCAAGAGCCAAUGGUAAAUGGCACAGAGGGCCAGAUUAAAGAAAACACAAUGAUUGGGAAACCUGAAUUGACUGACUCUGCCUCUCUGCUAGAGACCUUCAAGUUUCUUGAAAACGCAGCUGCGGACUUUAGUGAUGAAGAAGAUGAAGAAGAUAUUGAAGGAAGAGAGAAGACAAUCAUUGAUACCCCAACAAUUGUGAGGAAGAGAGUGCUAUCUGACAGCAGUGAAGACAGAGAUACAGAAGAAGCUUUGAAAGAGUUUGACUUUUUGGUUACCUCAGAUGAAGGUGAUGGGGAAUCAAGAAGUUCAGGAGAUGGAACAGACUGGGAAAAGGAAGACCAGUGUCUCAUGCCUGAAGCUUGGAAUGUCGACCAGGGAGUAAUAACCAAACUCAAGGAACAAUACAAAAAGGAGCGCAAGGGGAAAAAGGGGGUUAAGAGAAAAACUACCGAAGAUAUGUUUCAGCCUCAAUCCUAUAUAAAACAGUCAAAACAGGGAUGUGGGAAAAUGAUGGAGCAAAGCACAGGGCCCAACAGGUCAAAGCUGCAAGAUAUGCUUGCAAACUUGAGAGAUGUUGAUGAUCUUCCUUCGUUACAGCCAUCUGUUGCACCUUCUUCUAGGCCCAGUAGCUCAAGGCUCAUUGAACAUGAGAUAAACAGAACAGAUGAAGUGGAAGCUUUAACAUUCCCUCCUUCUUCGGGGAAAUCUUUCAUUAUGGGAACAGAUGAAGCCCUUGAAAAUGAGCUGGGUCUUGGAGAACUGGCAGGCCUUACUGUAGCCAAUGAGGCAGAUUCACUGACCUACGAUAUAGCAAACAAUAAGGAUGCAUUGAGAAAGACUUGGAACCCCAAAUUCACAUUAAGAAGUCACUUUGAUGGAAUAAGAGGUCUUGCUUUUCAUCCAGUUGAACCAGUCUUAAUAACAGCUUCAGAGGACCAUACAUUAAAAAUGUGGAAUUUACAAAAAACAGCCCCAGCAAAAAAGAGUGCCUCUCUUGAUGUAGAGCCAAUAUAUACCUUCAGAGCACAUAAUGGACCAGUGCUCUGUGUGGUGAUGAGCAGUAAUGGUGAACAGUGUUACAGCGGGGGAACAGAUGGUCUCAUCCAUGGCUGGAAUACAACCAACCCGAACAUCGACCCCUAUGACUCUUAUGAUCCUUCUGUUCUAAGAGGUGCUUUUGUAGGCCAUACAGAUGCAGUGUGGGAUCUGGUUUACAGUGGAGCACACCAGCGUUUGCUGUCCUGUUCAGCAGACGGCACUAUACGUCUAUGGAAAGCUACAGAAGUUGCUCCAGCUCUCAAUAUCUUUAAUGAUAAUCAAGAAAUGGGAAUCCCUUCAUCAGUAGAUCUUGUGAGCAGUGACCCAAGCCUCAUGGUAGCAUCAUUUAACAGUGGACACACUAGCAUUUUUAACAUGGAAACACGGCAACGAAUUCUUACCCUGGAGUCAAGUGUAGAUACUACAGUUAGUUCCUCCUGUCAGAUAAACAGAGUCAUCAGCCAUCCAACUCUUCCAAUUAGUAUCACUGCUCAUGAAGACAGACACAUCAAAUUCUAUGACAACAAUACAGGAAAACUGAUCCACUCCAUGGUAGCUCACCUAGAUGCAGUUACAAGUUUAGCUGUUGAUCCUAAUGGCUUGUAUUUGAUGUCUGGCAGUCAUGACUGUUCUAUUCGCUUGUGGAAUCUUGAAAGCAAGACCUGCAUCCAAGAAUUUACUGCUCAUCGCAAAAAAUUUGAUGAGUCCAUUCAUGACGUGGCAUUCCACCCCUCCAAAUGUUACAUAGCCAGUGCAGGAGCAGAUGCUCUGGCUAAAGUCUUUGUAUGACAGAGUGCUUCCCUUUCAACUCUAGCUUUGUAUAUAUUUAACCAGCUGCACAAAAGAGAAGAGGAGGGCAUGAGUCAUCCUGCCCUAUAAUUCAGAGAAUGUUUGCAAGUGUUUAGUUUUGCAGGGCGCUGUUUUCUAAAUUGAUGUUUGUUCUAGUUUCUGUGACCUCAGCUGGUGCUGAGAGCUUGGAAACUCUCAGUUUCAAAUAGUUACAAAACAAAAGAAAAGCUUUUAUUUCAGAGGGUGUCAAUUUUCGUCCAGGCAGGCCUUGGGUGAAACUAGGUCUAUGUAUGCUCUAUUAAUAAAGUAGAGUACUAGAAAGAAGGGGUCUAAUUGCAUCAGGGAGUAGGAAAAGAGGGAAACUUCCUAGGAUGCUUCUUAUUGAGGAAUCUUAAUGUACUUAAAAUUAAAUCACCUGGAAAAAGUGUCAGUUCACCUGCUCAUUACUGUGUCAUGUGGGAGGCACUUUGUCAUCCCUUUGGUCUUAAUAAAGUAGAUCUUGUUCAGAGAGCAGUAGCAGAUAGUUAAUGUCAGCCACCUGGCUGCUAGCCUAAGAUAAAAGUAGUUAGAGGAAAGCAAAUUACUAACAUAAAUUACAAUGCAGUAAAGUUUUUUGUUACAUCUUCUGUGUUACAAUAAAUAUUUAGUUUGAAAAAUAAAUUUAUAUAAUUUUUUUAAGACUGUAUUAGCAUGUGGCUACAAGCUGAGCCUUUAGUCUAGUCCCAAUUAACAAUAGACUGAAGCUAUCUGUAUAUACUGCAGUAGCAGAUUUAACUUAUUCAGAUUUAUAAUGGUGUUUAUUCUUGGAGAUCUGGCACAAAAAAUUAUCACAAAGCUUUCCAAAGAAGCUGUCCUACACUCUUAACUAUCAAUAUUCAUCUCUUCUUUCUGUUCCUGCCAAAAGGGUAUCAUUCUGGGCAUUAAGGAUAACAGUGAAAUGCUGCUUUUGAAGAUUAAACCUAUACCUGAUGCUUUGUAUGGGUCCUACUAGUGCAGUAGGUGGGAACUAUACAAAGUUCCAUCAGUUUCAGAGAUUCUGCUACUUCUAGAGGUAUUUCCCAACUUCACCAUUUGUGGAACAACUUAACUUCUCCGCUUCACUGGGCGCAUUGUACCAUUGAUUAGGUUACCUGAAGAACAAGUGCUUCUUGUAAUUGCUCAGUAGAUGUGCUUUGUGUAUCUGUUCAGAGCUUCUCUGUUGAUUUGAAGGGCAAAUAACUUUUAGUCCAAUCUUUUAGUCUUUUUAUCCCUUCUUAAGGGAAGGUGAGUGGAUUCUUUUCUAUUAUGCGUGAUCAGAGUUAUUUCUCCUCAUAAGGCUGAAGUUGGUGUUUUCCUCUAAUGGAAGUAGAAAGCAGAAUUACUGCUGGAGAUGAUUUCUGGUGCUGAUGUGAGUAGGAAAGAACCUGAUGCAACUCUUUGGCAUACCAGCCUGAGGUUAAGACUGGAAACUGAUAAAUCUUUACCUUUAAACUGACACUUUCUAAGAAAGAAUCAUUGAAAGAUCUCAACAUAGGGAUUGACUGUGUUGUUUUUAGAGUGGUGUUUGGGGAUGGGACCACAACUGAAGCUGAGCUCAGAGUGUAAAUCAACUAUAUUAUUCAGAAUAAAAGGUUGAGCUGUGCUGUUUGAGCCUGCAACACAUCAUAUUUACUGCUAAAAUAUCCUGGAAUACCUUUUAUUGCUCAGAAUAUUCAAAUAUGUCACUUCAUUAUAUUGAUAUGCAAUAUAUUUCCAUAGAUAAGAUUAGAACUUUUACCAGGGAACAGAUGACUACAAUAGUAAUUCAGAUUAUUUAGUUUUUAUAAAGUGUUUUGGUUAUGAUGGAAAGGGGGAAACUUGGCUGCAAAACUGAGCAUUCAACUUUGUAAGAGUUCUGUGUACUUGACUCAUGUUUUGUGUCAUUAUUUUAUUUCUUUUUGAAGAGGAAAUUACAAAGAUUUAUUUGAAAAAUUCAAAAACUUAUGUAUAUUAUAUAUGUGUAUAUAUACUGUAAACAUGUAUUAAAUAUGUCUAGUAAGGGAAGA